AUGGGUUCCCCAGGCCAUCUUGUUAACGCUAAUUAUGUGAAUGCUUUGCCUAAUUAUAACCGUGAUUCUCUGUUUGACACUGCAGCGAAGCUUUACGGCAUCAAGCCUGAAAACGUCUGCUGCGUAAUCCAGCUGAAAAGCGAGAUCUUCGCAGAUACCGAACUCUCGGAGUGGCUACGAGACCAGUUGAACGCCACCAUGAACACACGUGAUGCAAUGGAUGUUCUCAAAUUUAAUCUGCAUCAAGCCCGGCCCUUGGUUCUCAUCUUAAGAGAUGGAGAUGAAGCUGAAGCUGACCGCGAGGAGACGCUGGAGAAGCUCAAUAACUUGAAGACCAUGAGAUGCUCUCAAAAGUUAGGCUCUUUUAUCUGCAGGUCCAUUUUGGAGGGAUUUAAGUUGGUGUGCGUCGAGCAUGAGAAGCUGACGACGGUGUUAGAUGGCCUUAGCCGGAGGAAACAUAAUCUAGAUCACAAUCUCGGCAGGAUCAAAGCCUGGAGGAAGGCAUGGAACAUAGCUCAGGGGAUAGUCAAGUUCGGAGUCACUGUGCUUUCUGUGCUGAUCCCGGUGGCAGGGUUGCGGCCAGCUGCCACCGCCGCUAACAACGGAGCUGGUGGGGUGAUAGCGCUUCUCCAGCCCUUGGUUGACUCCCAUCUGGCUGGUCAACAGAGCUCAUGUGAGGAUGAGAUAGACCUCAUUGAAAAGAUCUUGAACGAAGCUUGCUUCAUAUUUCAUAGGGUCAAGAGCGCCCAAGGUCUUGUGGAGGAGUUGCAGGAUGAGAUGGGGCCGUUGGCUCAGUAUGCCGAGUCCCUCGCUGGGAAGGAUGAGGAUGUGGGCAUGGUCAUGGAUCAGAUCAAAGGCAAGGCCGGGAAACUGGUGGAUAUAAUCCAGAAUUUGGAGGAGGAGGUGGAUUGCAGCUGCGUGGAUCUCCGCAAAGCUGCGUUGACUCUACUUCAGACCGUCACUGACCAGGUUGGAAAUUCUGAUCAGCAGGUGUCCAUUGAGAUCCGCACUUAGUAAAUGUGCCCAUUGAGAUCUUCACUUAGUAAUUAAAGGUUAUUCUUAUUUUGUAUUUUAUAUGCCAAUAAAACCAUCAGCAUGUAAUGGUUAUUUUGCUUAUGUACUUUUGAAUUAUUUCCCUAUUGUGCUU